AUGCGCUUCAGCGCAGAGAAUGACCUCUCCACAGACAUCCCGUUGUUGUUGCUCAUCCAGCUGGAGCUCUAUCCUGAUGACUACGAGAACACCACCCUGUUCCCUCUGCCUGCCAGCAGCAGCUCCGGGCUCCUGCUGGCCUCUGGAGACCCCCUGUGGCAGCUGCCGGGGGGGCAGGACAGUCCAAUCACAGCAGUGGUGCCCAUGUGUGGGGGGGGCUUCUCAAGCAGCACCAGCCAGUCCAGCCUCAGCACCCCGGCCCCUCCCCUGACCCAGCAUCAGGACCAGCUCUACAACACACACUUUGCAGAGGUGUGUGUGCAGAGGAGGGCGGGGGUCCCCAAUGAGAGCACCACCACCCUGGAGUUCUUCUUCGACCGGCCUCCUGAGCCCACCUUCACUCAGGAGAGGAACAGUCAGCAUGCCAUGGAGGUGACUCAGCGGUUCUUUGAGACGGUGUCGGUUCAGUUGGAGCGCUGGUACGAGAGGAAGGUGGCGCAGGUGGAGCAGCAGACGGAGCUCUCAGCUCGGCAGGACAAGAGGGAGCUGCUGCAGAGAAUAAACGCCCUGGAGGAGGAGCUAGAGAGGCUGAAGACCAACGAGAACGCAGAGCUGAUACUGACCAAUGGAUGAUUGGAUGAACUGCUGUACUUUGGUUGAACAUAGAAAAACCCAGCUACAACUUCAACAGGAAAAAUAGAAAAUAGAAAAUACAUAAUGUAUAAGGUUGAUGUAAAUAAUAAGUAAAUAGCACAACUAACUGAUAAAAGUACAAAAGGAGGCUUUUGACUCACUGUCCAAUUGCCAUCCAUGCUUUUGAGUC